AUGACUAAAGAGACGGCGGCCUUGAUGAACGUCAGCAGCGACAGCAUGAAAACGGCGGAGGAACAAUCUUCUAUUCCUAGGGUUUCAUACUCAAAUAAAGUUCAGCAAUCUACGACCAAACCUGCGGAUGUUCUCGCGCAAGAUUACUGCUCCCUUCACCCUUUCAAGAAAAACGAUCACCUUCACUUUGAUAUUCCUGACGAUCUUUAUAAUCAACAGUUGAAGCGUUUCUCUCUUGCGUUACACGCUAGAAUUAUUCUGCAAAAAGGAGAAUCCCCUAGGUUUGCAGAGGACAUUAAAAAGGAAUUGCAACAACGAUGGGGGAUCUCGGCUCCGUGGCAAAUCAUCCCUCUCGGCAAGGGUUUUUUCACACUCCGUUUCUCUGGUGAAAGCGACCUGGCGAAAGCAAAGUCGAAAGCCUUCUGGAAGUUAAAGACUGGCAUCCUAAAAAUUAGAGAAUGGGUCCCUUUAUUUAAUCCCUAUAAAGAAACGGCUGCUUUGUCUCAAGUCUGGCUACAGAUCUAUUACCUGCCACAUGAGCUUUGGCAUCCUGACAUUAUAUCCGGUCUAGCUCGUUCUGCGGGAACCCCGAUCAAGAUUGAUGGUUCUACCUUUCUUGGGGCAGUUGGACAUUAUGCUCGGGUCCUCAUUGAAAUGGACGUUACGAAGGACAUUGUCUAUAACUUAACGGUCAAUAGGGGCUCGGCCUCCUUUGAAAUUGAGUUUGUUUAUGAAAACAUACCAUACUUUUGCGGAAUUUGUAGGAAGGUGGGCCACUCUGCGGAUAAAUGCAGGAAGAAUUCUGAAGAAAAGGAAGUGCGGAAAGAUGAGGAGGAAGAUGGUUCUAAGAACAGAAGAGCUAAUGCUCCGGCGGCUAAGGACUCGGGGCGGUUUUUGGAUAAACCUCAGAAAGAAGCUUUUCAUGCUAAGUCUACGAAGCAGUUCAAAGCCAAAGAGCAAGUUAUUACUAAAAAUUCUUUUGAGGUCCUGGAGAGGGAGCAGGAUGCGAGCUUGGUUGAGGAGGGAGAGUUGGAGAAGGCUAGCAACUCUGGAGUUGUUUCGGGGGAGAAGGCGAUUCUUAAAAGUAAAAUCGUGGACAACAGAGACCUUACGGGGGGUGCACCGGCUGCGGAGGGCACGGUUGCUCCACGUGGUGAUGACUUAGAACAGCGGGGGCAGGUGUUCGACACCCCAGUUGCCAAUCCUUCUAUACGAGAUCACUUAACUCCUGAAGAGGAAAUGGAUUGGGGUACGAUAAACAAGACGGACAGCAUUGAAGCUACAGAGGAGGUCGAGCAAAUAGAGGUUGAGGAUAAGAAUGGGCAAGUGAUUGUUAAUCAAAACAUGAAUGAAAAGCAGUUUGUAACGGCUGUAUCCACCUUAGUACAGGAGGAAAUGCAAUGGAUAAAGGAUCAAGAGAUUAAAUCUGCGGAGAAGCAAAGAGAGGCCAAACAAAUUCAGCAGAAAAUUGAUUCGGCUACGCAAUAA